AUGAAAACCCCUCUAGCAGGACAGAAAUUUGGACUAGACGCCGGCGAUUGGUCUGAGACCACCAAGUACUCGGCCGUUGCUGAAGAAGCGUCAAAACUUGCGUAUGCGGUGCAGAAGGACCUUGAGUCGAUUACCUUGAAGCUGAUCAAGGAUCUCAAGACACACACAGGGGCUAAGAACUUGUGCUUUGUCGGCGGAGUUGGGCUCAACUCGGUGUUGAACGGCAGGAUUAGUCGAGAGCUGGGCUUUGAUAAAGUAUACAUUCCUCCUUAUCCCGGAGAUGACGGCAUCGCUGUUGGCUGCUGCGCUUUUGGCCUAUUCUCUGAGCAUGGUCGCAAGGUACUUGAGCAACAAGAGCAAUCUCCCAAGCUCUGGGCUGGGCCCCUCUCACCGUAUCAAGGCCCGAAGUACUCCCUUACUGACCUUCAGGAAGCCAUGGACUCUUCCCUUCCUUGGCUUCUGAUCGAAGAGGCACAGAGUGUCGACGAGUUUGUUCAUCGCAUGGUGCAAGAGAUGGCAGACGGGCAGGUCAUCGCUUGGUGGCAAGGGCGGUCAGAGGCUGGUCCACGAGCCCUCGGGCAUAGAAGCAUCUUAGCUGAUCCUCGCAAAGCCAGCAUGGUGUCGUUCAUCAAUAGCAAAGUCAAGGGGAGAGAAGCCUUCCGUCCUUUCGCGCCCUCUGUGCUUGCAGCAGAGGCGCAUGAGUGGUUUGAAGGGAUUCCUGCUGGAAGUAGCCAAGGGGACGUGAGCCCAUACAUGUCCAUCACCAGCUUUGUCAAGGAUGACAAGCGAGAUAAGAUUCCAGCAGUCACGCAUGUCGAUGGAACGUCGCGUCUACAGACUGUGACUCAAGAUUCCGAACCGCUUUACUACGCUCUCAUCAAGGCAUUCUUCCGACUGACGGGUGUGCCGAUGGUUCUAAACACAUCGUUCAACACCAUCAAGUCAGAGCCCAUCACUGAAUCCCCUUCCGACGGCAUCCGCUCGUUCUUGAGCGCUAGAGGCUCCAUCGAGAAGCUUUUCAUGGAAUCCAAGUGGAUCAUCUCAAGGAGACCGUUCCCUUCCUUGGACUUGAGCUCGGACGAGGAGCUGAGCGCUGUGUAUCCUCGCAUGGCUGUAAGGUCGUGCGAUUGA